AGUGGGCCGAGGCUAGGCUGCGUCCCUCCCCCCGCCCGCUCGCUUGCUGGAGCCGGGGUCAGCUUUGGCACCUUCCUCCAGUCAGUGGCCAACUCCUGGCUCAGCGAGGAUUCUGCUAGUGCCCUCGGUUCCUCUCUACUCUCCCUCCCGCUACCGAAACAAGUCCCGCGCCUGGCAGGCUGAGGAGAAGCAAAUAAAGCAGGUUUAAAGAGAAAAAAGACCUGGCCGGGUCUGGGUGGCGUCUGCGGUGCCAGAAAGGGAGGCGGCGGCUGCGACCACGGCCGCGCGGGACGUGAGGCCCGAGAGCAGCCGACGGCAGCCGCGGCAGCUCCAGCGCCCUGCACCGGGGCUGUUAGUCAGCAGAACGCGAGCUCGUGUGGAGGAGCAGGGCCGGCGGGAGGCGAAACCCGGGAGCGCGAGCCGGGCCCCUCGGGCGCCACCGUCUUUCUUCGUCCCGGCGCCGGGGGCUGCAGCCUUGGUCCGCGCUCCUCUGCCGGGCCCGUCUUCAGGCGGAGAGAGUCCGACAGCGUCCGGAGCGCGGGUCUUGCCUUGCGGAGGACAGCGCGUCGGCUGCGGUUCUCUCCCAACUCCUGCCCGGCGCCUCGGCCCGGGCCGCUCAGGUGCAGAGCAUGAAUAAUCUUUCAUUUAGUGAGCUAUGUUGCCUCUUCUGCUGUCCUCCUUGUCCAGGGAAAAUUGCUUCAAAAUUAGCAUUUUUGCCACCUGAUCCAACUUAUACGCUGAUGUGUGAUGAAAGUGGAAGCCGUUGGACUUUACAUCUAUCUGAACGAGCAGACUGGCAGUAUUCUUCUAGAGAAAAAGAUGCUAUUGAGUGUUUCAUGACUAGAACCAGUAAAGGCAACAGAAUUGCCUGUAUGUUUGUACGUUGCUCACCCAAUGCGAAAUACACUUUACUCUUCUCACAUGGAAAUGCUGUUGAUCUUGGUCAAAUGAGCAGCUUUUACAUAGGUCUGGGAUCACGGAUUAAUUGUAAUAUAUUCUCAUAUGAUUAUUCUGGAUAUGGUGCAAGUUCUGGGAAACCCACAGAGAAGAACCUCUAUGCAGACAUUGAAGCUGCUUGGCUUGCUCUUAGGACAAGAUACGGCAUUCGCCCUGAAAAUGUGAUUAUAUAUGGCCAAAGUAUAGGGACAGUACCAUCUGUGGAUCUUGCUGCUCGAUAUGAGAGUGCUGCUGUUAUUCUUCAUUCUCCUCUGACCUCGGGAAUGCGAGUUGCCUUUCCUGAUACCAAGAAGACCUACUGUUUUGAUGCAUUCCCAAACAUUGACAAAAUCUCUAAGAUAACCUCUCCAGUAUUAAUAAUUCAUGGGACUGAAGAUGAAGUCAUUGACUUUUCACAUGGCCUGGCAUUGUUUGAACGUUGCCAAAGACCUGUGGAGCCUCUCUGGGUUGAAGGAGCAGGUCACAAUGAUGUGGAACUUUAUGGACAGUAUCUUGAAAGGUUGAAACAGUUUGUUUCACAGGAACUGGUGCAGAAACAAGAAAGGAAGUGAUAUUCUCAAGGUCUGCAAUUGUCGACAACGGUACUAUGUAUUCCAUUAUCUUCUCUUUACCAAAACUUACCUGUAUUAAUAUACCAAUGAUCCUUUCAAAUUAUAUGGCAUAAAAUUAUUUGCUUUCCAA